UGACGCACGCCAUUGAGUGUUAUGUACGUGCUGCUUGCACAAUCCAGUCGUAGCCCAGUGUGGGUCAGCCGCUGCAAUUAACGCUGACGUUAGCGGACCAUGAACGACAGCUAGCGUUAGCAUACCAAUGCUAUCGUAGGCAAAAGAAACAAUAGGCUGACGUUUUUGACGUUUGACGUUAGUUUUGUCCAUGAUGAACUUUGACGGCCUCGACGGUGGGAUGGGGGAAUACUCGCCCAGUCUCCACGGGACCCUGGACGCGGGUUUGGAGCCCUCUCUGGACCCGCACCUUAACCCAAGUUUACUGCAGGGUGUGGAGCUCGAUCCGGAGGCGCUGGCCGUCACAGUCCCCGAACCAGUGCACCUCAUGGAGGGGAUGUUCUCCGAGCUGCACACUGUGGUUUCGGAAGUUGGCGUUCCAGUUACUGCGACGCAUUUUGACGUGCAAGAAGAAAUGCUUUGGAUGGGAAACCACAGAGGUCACGCAGCCUCUUUUUUUGGACCUACAAUGGGCCGCUAUUCUUCUUUUCAAGUGCAUGCAACAGAUGACAUCCGACACAUUCAGAGUCUGGAAACAGGCGUGCUGUUUCUUUCUAAGAGCAACCUCAAAUGCUCCACUCGUGGUGGCCUUGUCAUGUUUGAUUAUCCGAUGGAGGAAGGAGCAGAUAUGCAUAGUCUUCUUAUGACUGACAACAAUAUGUUGUUAAUGGGUGGACUCCAAAACUAUGUAGUGGAAGUGGACUUGAAUACUGUUCAAGAAACCCAAAAGUUUGCUGUUGAGCUACCUGGAGUGGCAAUCAUGUGUCAGACCAGUCGUUUCUUUUUCUGCGGUCACACAUCCGGCAAGGUAACCCUUCGAGAUCUGCGUACCUUCAAGAUGGAGCACGAGUUUGAUGCGUUUUCCGGCAGCCUCUCGGACUUUGAUGUCCACGGGAACCUCCUGGCUGCGUGUGGGUUCUCCAGCCGUGGACUGAAUGGGCUAGCAUGUGAUCGUUUUCUCAUGGUGUAUGACCUUCGCAUGAUGCGAGCAGUAACACCUCUUCAGGUGCACGUGGAUCCUCUUUUCUUGCGAUUCAUUCCUACCUAUACAUCACGGCUGGCGAUCAUCUCACAGACCGGUCAGUGCCAGUUCUGUGAACCUACUGGUCUUGCUAAUGUAGCAGACAUUUUUCACGUCAACACCGUGGGCCAGUUGCUCAUGAGCUUUGACGUGUCGUCCAGCAAACAAGCCUUGGCCUUUGGAGAUUCUGGGGGUUGCGUGCACCUGUGGUCUGAUGCUCCAGAGGUUUCGUUCAAUGACUACUCCAGAGAGACAGAGUUCGCCCUGCCUUGCAUCGUGGACACGCUGCCUCAGCUGGACUGGAACCAUGACCUGCUGCCUCUCUCCCUCAUUCCAAUGCCGUUGACCAGCACUGAGCCGCUGCUGUCAGACUGGCCUGCUACCCUGGCUACGCCCAGCCCCAGACGAGCUCCACCUGUGGACCCUGAAAUCCUGCGUACAAUGAAGACUGUAGGUUUUAUUGGUUAUGCUGCGAAUCCUCGCGCUCGUCCUCGUAACCAGGUUCCCUAUAAAAUUAAAGAUGUGGAGCUUGAUUACGAUAAUUACAACCAGGUUCCUGAAUCACCUAUUGGACGGGAUGAGGAACCACACUUAUAUAUGGUGCCAAAGAAGUACAGAAAGGUCACGAUUAAAUACUCUAAACUUGGAUUAGAAGACUUUGACUUCAAACAUUACAACAGAACCUUGUUUGCUGGCCUGGAGCCACACAUCCCCAACGCCUAUUGCAACUGUAUGAUUCAGGUCUUAUACUUCCUCGAGCCGAUUCGGUGUCUAGUGCAGAAUCAUUUGUGCCAGAAGGAGUUUUGUCUGGCCUGUGAGCUUGGCUUUCUCUUCCACAUGCUGGAUUUGUCACGGGGAGAUCCAUGUCAGGCCAGUAACUUCCUUCGAGCAUUUCGUACAAUACCUGAAGCAUCGGCGCUGGGCCUGAUUCUUGCAGAUUCCGAUGAGCAAACGGGAAAAGCCAGACUCGGACGCCUGAUCCAAAGCUGGAACCGGUUCAUCCUCACUCAGCUUCACCAGGAGACACAGGAGCAGGAGGGUCCACAGGCCUACAGGGGAGCCAGCAGCAGUUCACUGGGUUCCUCCAGUGAGUCUGUCAUCGGAAAACUGUUUGGAUGUGAAGUUGAGAACAGCAGCCUGUGUCGCUGUGGCAAAGAGACGGUCCGUUCCACACUCACGCUGCUCUUCACAAUGCAUUACCCCGAUCAGAAUUCUCAAGAAAAAAAUAUAAAGGAGUAUGACUUUGCUGAGAUUCUGAAGAAAAGUAUCUGUCUGGAGCAAAGCACUCAGGCAUGGUGUGAAAACUGUGAGAAGUACCAACCCACGGUACAAACACGCAACAUUCGAUGUCUGCCAGAUGUUCUGGUUAUAAACUGUGAAGUGAACAGUGCCAAAGAGGCCGAGUUCUGGAAGGUCCAGGCAGAGUAUGCUUUUAACAAGGCCAUGCAAAAAGAAGCAAUGGAACCUGCAAAGCCCAAAGAACCUCCACCAAUGCCCACUGAGUGGUGCUUGGAUGGGGAGGAGUUGUGCAGCAUGGAAGGCUUCACCUUUGAUACUCGGGCCGAGGAUCUGCGGCACGUCUGGAUCCCUCUCACGCUCAAAAUGUCCAUAAGUAAAAGUCAGGGUCUGGAGAUCAGCAGUUGGCCUGAAGGAGAGGAGAUAAGUGCGGCUGAAGAGGCGGACGGCGCUUCUCUGUAUGACUUGGUGGUGACGGUGCCUCACGUCCUGGAUGCUCGCACUGGUGGCAACUUGAUAGCACACAUCAAAGUGGGAGAAACCUACCAUCAAAGAAAAGAGGGGGUCACACAUCAACAGUGGUAUCUCUUUAAUGACUUCUUAAUUGAGCCAAUUGACAAGACUGAAGCUGCACAGUUUGACCUGAGCUGGAAGGUUCCAGCCAUUCUGUAUUACGCCAAGAGGAACUACCACACCAAAUACGACCUCCGCAUUAAGAACCCCAUCGAUGCCAGCGUGCUGCUGACAGAGGCCUCGUUGGCUCGGAAGCAGAGGAAGAGUCACGCCACAUUCAUCCCGCUCAUGGUCAGCGAGAUGCCGCAGGCUGGUGACCUGGUGGGGCUGGAUGCAGAGUUUGUCACCCUCAAUCAGGAAGAGGCAGAACUGCGCAGUGACGGAACCAAGUCGACCAUUAAGCCCAGUCAGAUGUCUGUAGCCAGGAUCACCUGUGUUAGGGGUCAGGGGCCCAACGAGGGCGUGCCGUUCAUUGAUGACUACAUCUCCACUCAGGAGCAGGUGGUCGACUAUUUGACGCAAUACUCUGGCAUCAAACCAGGAGAUUUGGAUGCAAAGAUUUCUUCCAAGCAUUUGACCACUCUGAAGUCGACCUACCUGAAGCUGCGCUUCCUUAUCGACACCGGCGUUCGCUUUGUCGGUCACGGCCUACAGAAGGACUUCAGGGUUAUUAAUUUAGUGGUUCUCAAAGACCAAGUGGUCGACACCGUCUACCUUUUCCAUUUGCCACGCAAGAGGAUGAUUUCUCUGAGAUUUCUUGCCUGGUACUUUCUAGACCUAAACAUCCAGGGGGAAACCCACGACAGCAUAGAGGACGCACGCACGGCCCUGCAGCUGUACAGGAAGUACCUGGAACUAAGUCGUGGAGGUGGGAGCGACGAAGUGAGGAAGGUUCUGAAGGGACUGUACGAAAAAGGCCGGCAGCUAGACUGGAAAGUCCCAGAUGCAGACACCGGAGAUGGUCAAGGUAGCCCAAAAAGUGCUGCUGUGUUUCCCUCUGUGAUGGGGCUGUGAGCUGCACUGUGACUUUUUCCCCACUGGACAGCGUUUGAUUGAUCUUCUGCUUGUUCAGCAACGGUCACAUUUUCCUAUUUGCAUUUAGUUUUGUACUUGGUUAAUACAUGCAUUUGCUGCCUGCAUCGUCCAUUCCUGCGCACUGUUUUAAUCUGAUCAAAAUUUCUCCUCGACAUUAGAAGUUUUUUUUCUAGUAAGCAGGAAAAUUAUUCUAUGACUUUGAAUUUAUUAAUAAAGGAAUCAUAAGUAGCACUGUAAAAUAGUUUUUUGUAUCAGAAAGGGGUAAAUCUAUUUUACAAGCAUGUGUUUCUGCUUCUCUGACCACUUUGACACUUAAUGUGUGCUUCAGAUUUAUGCCGAUACUUUAACUGUACCUCUCUGUCAUUAGGGCAUUUUAAACUAAUAAUCACUCACUUUGAUGCUUUGUCCUCGUCAGGGUUGUGUGUACGCUGGAGCUCAUCCCAGCUGCCUGAGUGGCAGGGUUCACCCUGGACACGAUGCACAAUACAUAGUUAAUGCAUUUGGUGGAUAGUCCGAAACACACGAGUCAGUUUUAUGUGUCUAAGGAAGCUGGCUUGGUAAUUUGUAAUGAUAAGCUAAACCAGAUGUUAUUGAACAUGCUCAGAUAUCUUCGUUCUCACAAUACUGGUAUUUCUUGCCAAUACACGUUUGCCAACAGGGUUUUCAUAAAUUUGUAUUAAGUAAAUCCAGAAAAAUCUAGAUCUGCUGUGGAUGAUUCUAGCUGUAUAUCCGGCCUUGAAUUCCCCUCCCAACUCCGUUUUCUCUGAGAAUGUGCUUUGUGUUUGCAGCUGUUCUUGUGAAGAAACUUCCUCUUUGCACUUUUGCAUCUUUGAUGAUUUUUGCAUCAAAAAUGUCACAGAAUGUGCUUCUGUUCAAACUAGUUUACCUGAUUGAAAUGAGUCUAUAAAACAAGCCUGUUGUGGUUCAGAUUGGGUAGAAACAAUCAACACGAGGUCAUCACACUGCAUGUAACACAGCACAUGUAAAGGCAGUGAGAGUUUCAAGAGUAGGCUAGGCUCAGUACUUGCUUAACAUCAUGACUGACUACUGAAAUGAAUCAGUGAAAUACCAGAAAUCCUAAAUCCCACAAAUCCUUGAACUAAUCAGGUGCUGCUACUAUGACAACAGAUGUUCAGGCACCAAACACCCUGCCUGAAAGCUGCACCUCUCAGCCUCUUACUGCAGGUACGUUACAUGACAGUUUAACAGAUGCCCAAAUAGUAAGUAGUGUGUACAUGUACCGUGAGACUUAAGCUGCUUGGUACCGAGUAAAGUGCUUCUGAUGUCA